CUUCUGACUCGGAGCCUGUCCGUCCUGGGGUGCAGCCCCCGAGGAGCCUGCUGGCUGUGCUGGCCCCGAGCACCACUCCGGCCACCAUGGAAGUCCCCCCAGUCCUGCUGCUCCCUGCUGCAGCGAGUGACCAGACUGGCUGUCCCCUGCUCCAUUCCUGGGGACACAUGCUGCUGUGGACGGCUCUGCUAUUCCUGGCUCCUGCGGCCGGGACCCCUGGUCUCCCGAAGGCCGUGGUCAGCCUCCAGCCCCCCUGGCUGCAGGUGUUCCCCGAGGACAACGUGACUCUGAGCUGCCAGGGGGCCCGCAGCCCGGGGGACAGCUCCACCCAGUGGUUCCACAAUGGGACCGCCAUCCCCACCCAGGCCCAGCCCAGCUACAGCUUCAAGGCCAGCAGCAGCCACAGCGGGGACUACAGGUGCCGGACGGGCCAGACCGGCCUCAGCGACCCUGUGCACCUGGACGUGACUUCCGCCUGGCUGCUGCUCCAGACGCCCCGCCUCCUGGUCCCGCCGGGGGACCCCAUCGUGCUGCGGUGCCACAGCUGGAGGAACUGGCGCCUGUACAAGAUCACAUUCUUCCAGGACGGGAAGCCCAAGUGGUUUUCCCAUACGAAUUCCAGCUUCUCCAUCCCACAUGCAAACGCCAGCCACAGUGGCGCGUACCACUGUUCAGGGUUCCUGGGGCAGACGCUGCACGCCUCGCAGUCCGUGAGCAUCACCGUCCCAGGUGGGAGCCCUGCCCAGGUGGCAAGAGUGUCCAGCAAACCCUUCCUGCCUGUGGUCAUCGCGGCCGUGAUGGCCAGCGUUGUUGCUGUGGCUGGAGCGGCCGGAGUGGCCUGGGUCUGCUUCAGGCGACACCAGAGUUCAGCCCUCCCAGGAAGCCCUGAGAACAGGGAGAGGGGAGAGACCCCACCUGAGGAGCCAGCCAACAUCGCCGGCGCUGACGAGGCUGCCAAAGCGGAGGUGGAGAACGCCAUCACCUACUCCCUCCUCCUGCAGCCCGACGCCCCCGAGGAAGACACCUCGCCCUCGGAUUACCAGAACAUGUAGCGGCGGGCGAGGGCCAAGCAGGCCCAUCUCGUCUUCUGGCCGGACCCCCUCGGGCAGGAUUCCUGCCGUCCGAAGAGGGGGGACUCUUCCAGGGUCACCUGCGGGGAUCCUGGGCUCCUGUCCUGACAGCACAACGCCGGUCCCUGAUGACAGCCACACUGACCCCUGAGCCCCAGCACUUCUCGCCAUCACACUCCUCUGUCCCACGUCCACGCAAAAACUGUCCCACGUCCACGCAGACAAUAAAACUUGCUUUUAAGCGAUUGUAGCCACACGGGAGAUGCUUAUGUUGCAGGUCACAGGGGAAAGCUACAUUCCUAUAUGCGACCUCAGAAAUGUUGAAACAGGAACGCAUCCAGCAUGUCAGAGUGGUGAUUUCAUGGUGCUCUUCCUUCCUGUUUCCAGCAGAGCCUGUGUUACUUUGAUAAUAAAACACUAUAAAACAGCA